UGGCUGCAUUGUUGAAAAGAGACAAGAAAGAAGUUUCCCAGAAGCUAUCCAAGAGUCUCAGAAUCGAACGAACACACAACAGUGUUUCCAGUUCCAGUUCCAAUUUUUUCUUCAUUUACUCAAAAGGGUUGUGAUAAUUUUUGUGGAGAAAGUUCAGUUUUGAUGCUUCAUGAGGAAGAAAGGAACUAGAAGCUACAGCACGAGAAGCAAUUCCACUUCCAAUUCCAAUGCCAAGGUUGUUCUGUUCUUUCCUCCUUCCUAAACACAAACCCAAACCCAAUCCUAGGUUGUCACUUAUAUUCCCAUAAACUAACACCAAUAAUCGAAGCAAAAGCAAUACCCAUGAAUCCCAUCCUUCAUGGACAAGGGCAAAACCAAUUCUUCCUACAAGAAUCAAGAAUUCUGAUUUAAACUUAACCCCACCACCACUCUUCAAAUUCUUUCAUCCAUACAUUUAAAAACAAAUAAACAAAAUAAUAAAAAGAAAGAAGUUUCUGGUUGGAUCCAGAGAGAGAAGAGGAUGAAGAUAGGGAAAGUAGAGAUGGUGCUUGCAAUGAUGCUGUUGUUCAACAUGUCUUAUUGUUCAGCUUGGUUUGGUAACAGACACAAAAGUGGAAGGAACUCAAUUCUCCCAACUCAAGCCACGUCAUCAUCAUGUCCAAGACUGUUGAAUCCUGCUGGCUCUUACGUUGUGAUCCCUCUUCAUGGCAACGUUUAUCCUGUUGGGUUCUAUAAUGUUACUCUCAAUAUCGGUCAGCCACCAAGGCCUUAUUUUCUUGAUGUGGACACAGGUAGUGACCUCACAUGGCUCCAGUGUGAUGCCCCUUGCACCCAUUGCUCUGAGACACCCCAUCCACUCUACAAGCCUAGCAAUGACUUUGUUCCUUGCAAGGAUCCCCUUUGUGCAUCCUUGCAGCCCUCUGAAGACUACAUCUGUGAAAACCCUGAUCAGUGUGACUAUGAAAUUAAUUAUGCAGAUCAGUACUCAACCUUUGGUGUGCUUCUCAAUGAUGUCUACCUUCUUAACUUUACCAAUGGAGUCCAACUUAAAGUUCGGAUGGCACUGGGGUGUGGAUAUGAUCAAGUGUUCUCACCUUCUUCUUACCAUCCCUUAGAUGGAAUACUUGGCCUUGGAAGGGGAAAGACCAGCUUGAUAUCCCAGCUCAAUAGUCAGGGCUUGGUGCGAAAUGUGAUUGGUCACUGUUUAAGUUCACAAGGAGGAGGAUAUAUCUUCUUUGGAAAUGCAUAUGAUUCUGCACGAGUCACAUGGACUCCAAUUUCAUCUGUAGAUUCCAAACAUUACUCUGCAGGGCCUGCUGAACUUGUUUUUGGAGGGAGGAAAACUGGGGUUGGAAGUCUCACCGCUGUUUUUGACACUGGGAGUUCUUAUAGUUACUUCAACGAUCAUGCUUACCAAGCAUUACUUUCUUGGCUGAAGAAGGAAUUAACUGGAAAGCCAUUGAAAGCAGCACCUGAUGAUCAGACUUUACCUCUGUGUUGGCACGGUAGAAGACCUUUCAGAAGCAUACGUGAAGUUCGGAAAUAUUUCAAGCCUGUGGCACUUAGUUUCAACAGUGGUGGAAGAGUUAAAGCUCAGUUUGAGAUUGCUCCUGAAGCUUAUCUUAUAAUAUCAAACCUGGGAAAUGUUUGUCUGGGCAUUCUAAACGGCUCUGAAAUAGGUUUGGAGGAACUAAACCUAAUUGGAGACAUAUCCAUGCAAGACAAAGUUAUGAUAUUCGAAAACGAGAAGAAGUUAAUUGGUUGGGGGCCUGCAGAUUGCAGCCGUGUUCCAAAAUCUAGAGGUGUCAAUAUUUGAUCAUUAAAAAAAAAAAAAUCAUUCAAUCAUGUCGGUUAUAUUGGAACAUGUUAAGGAGGUUCAUCAUUUAAUGUUGUAUUGUAUUACUGUAACAUGCUGAUUCCCGAAGCAAUUAGUUAUCGUAUUUUACAUCA